AUGGACCAGCUCGAACAAAACCAGAGUGCGCUAAGGGAAGAGAUGUUUGGUAUGCGUGCCCAAAUGGGGAAACUAAUGGAGACCAUUCAGGCUAUGGCCAGGGGCCAAGAAGCUAUUGCUAGGAGUCAUGAGGAACUCCGUCUGGCCAAUCAGAGGGCUACCGCUGCUACCAACCAUGUGCUACCACUUGGCAACCCUCUUGUCCAGAUCCAUGUGGGUUCGCUAGAAGGUACACCGCCACUUGGAGGAGGAGGUCCGGUCAAUCAGAACCCUAUCGUUCCUCCCGGCUUUGAAGUGGACAAUCAUAAUGACGCCUUCUACAAUCCCAGGGAAGAUUCGGUCUAUGAUGCUUUCAGACCGACCAGUGAUGAAAUUGAUAGGAAGUUCCGCGUCAUAGAGGAGAAAAUGAAAGUUAUGGAGGGACCCAAUACUUUUGGACUAGACGCUGCUGAGAUGUGCCUAGUGCCAGGCGUUCAGAUACCCGCCAAGUUCAAAGUGCCUAGCUUUGAAAAAUACAAGGGGGUCAGCUGUCCUAGAACACACGUCCGAGCAUACUGCAGGAAGAUGGCUGCAUACUCUAGUGAUGAGAAACUACUCAUGCACUUCUUCCAAGACAACCUAAGUAGGGCUUCUUUGGAGUGGUACAUGCAACUGGAGAGUACGACCAUCCGGACUUAG